GGGAGCUCGGGCAACAUUGUAGAUUCGAGUCAGACAUAGUGAAAAACGUGUAAUUCCUCCUUCCGGCGCGAAGGUGUAUGGGUUUUGCAGGUCUCCAGAGCUUAGCGUGCGCGUACCGGUCGAUUAGUUGCUAGCUGUUGGUGCGUUGAUUCGGUUGUAAACCUGCUGAUAGUGCUGAUUUUCCUUCGCGAGGUUAUAAUUUGUAACAUCACAACAUGGCAAACAUUGGACGACUGCUUGCAUCCCGCGUCGGUGGCCAGCUGGUGCGCAAUGCGACCAUCAACCAGCAGCAGCAGCAAUCGAAUCUGCUACGAUUCUACAGUGCUGCUCCCAAAUCGUACGAAUUCAUCAAAGCUGAACUGAAGGGAGAGAAGAAUAAUGUCGCCCUCAUUACGUUGAACCGCCCGAAGGCACUGAAUGCCCUGUGCAAUGGACUGGUGGCCGAAAUCAGCGAUGCCUUGGACCGCUAUGAGGCGGACGAUUCGAUCGGAGCGAUCGUCAUCACGGGAAGCGAGAAGGCGUUUGCUGCCGGUGCCGACAUCAAGGAGAUGCAACCUAACACGUACGCUAAGUGCAUCAAUACCGACUUCCUGGCCAACUGGACGCGUGUGGCAAAGGCCCAGAAGCCCAUCAUUGCUGCCGUGAAUGGAUACGCCCUCGGCGGUGGAUGCGAGCUGGCCAUGAUGUGCGAUAUUAUCUACGCCGGUGAGAAGGCACGCUUUGGUCAGCCGGAAAUCGCCCUCGGCACUAUUCCCGGUGCCGGUGGCACCCAGCGCACGACUCGGGCGAUGGGUAAAUCGAAGGCCAUGGAAAUGUGUCUUACCGGAAACAUGAUUACGGCCGAGGAAGCGGAGCGAUCGGGACUCGUAAGCAAGGUCUUCCCGGCCGAUAAACUUGUGGAUGAAGCCGUGAAGCUCGGUGAGAAGAUCUCCACCUUCUCGCCGCUGAUCGUGCGGCUUUGCAAGGAAGCAGUCAACACGUCGUACGAGAUGUCGCUGAACGAGGGAUUGCGAUUCGAACGUCGCCAUUUCCAUGCAACAUUCUCCACCAAGGAUCGGAUGGAGGGCAUGACUGCUUUUGUUGAGAAGCGCGCUCCUAAGUUCUCCAACGAAUAAGUUGCCAAUGCACCGAAUGGCGGCAUGAUAGACACCAGUUGCAUUUACCAUGGCUGGGAAGAGGAAGCCUCGAAAUAAUGUUUCCUCCUAGCUAUGGGCCAUUUUACAAUGUUCUUCUAAUCUUUAUAUUUUGCGAUACCAUUAAAUCGAAUAAAAUUCGCAUUGCAAAUGUU